AUGGGUGGAUUCACCGCGUUUUUAGCUGGAGACUUCCGUCAGACUCUGCCGAUAGUGCCGAGGGGAACUCGAGCUGAUGAAGUUAAGGCUUGCAUUAGGGCCUCAAAUCGUUGGCCCUUAGUCAAAAAACUCUACCUUAAGAAAAAGAUGGGAGUGUACUUAAAGGGCGAUGUUUGCGCUGCACAAUUCUCCGAUCUCUUCCUUAAAAUAGGAAACGGACAAUAUCCGGAAACUGAAGUCAAAAUUACAAUUCCACCAGAUCUUGCCUUAGUUGUGUCGACUGUUGACGACCUAAUAACCCGAAUAUAUUCAGAUGUCCACAACUUACACAGCAAAUCCACAGAGUGGCUGUGCGAACGUGCGAUUCUCACACCUAAGAACGAUCAGGCUUCCGUCAUUAAUGACACUUUGUUGAAGUCGUUCGAAGGUGAAGAAUAUCAGUACAAAUCUGUGUGUGUGCUUACGGAUGAAGCUAUACACUAUCCUGUGGAGUUCCUAAAUACACUCAACCCACCUGGUCUACCGUCUCACACACUUAUCCUCAAAGUGGGAGUUCCAGUAAUGCUACUGAGAAAUCUCAAUCCGCCUAAGUUAUGCAAUUUGACCAGGUUGCGUGUGAAAGCCUUACAUAAAAACGUGGUAGAGGCCAUUAUACUCGUAUUUACCGAAAAAGCUCGAGUUAAAUCGGUGUAUAUACCGCGGGUACCACUUAUACUAACGGCGUACCCAUUCGAGUUUAAAAGAUUGCAAUUCCCUCGUUAA